CUCGGACUGCCAUCGAAAAAGGGCAUCGGGUUUCAGUCCUUGGCAAUGCCCCUCGUUUAAUUCGGUCUGGGGCUAUUUGCAGGGCUAGGGGGCGAGGAGCAAACGGAGGAGGGGUUGGGAGAGGCGAUCCGUUUUGGAAGCCCCAGGGAGGGCUGCGAUCAGGAGCUCCCCUCCCCGGUCCCAUAGUGGCGAGGGAGGAGAGUCACCCACCUAUCUACCAACCCACCCACUCCGGCUCCGCUCUUGCCCCCGCCCCGCGCCGCUGGAGGGCCACGCUCGGGGAAAAGGCCACGCUGCCCAAACUUCCUGCCUCACUUUCGCAGCAGCCGGCUGCUCAGAGCUGCUGGUGGUGCUGAGCGACCGGGACGGAGGCAGGAGCAGCCGGGCGACCGCCACCUCCAGCGCCUGCACUGCAGCCUCUUCCCCGGCGGAGCGGGCGCGCGAUGAGCGAGCCUCAGGAACCGGCGGCGGCGGCGGCUUCGCCCCAAGGCAGCGGCUGCCGGUGCGCCGGGGGAGUGGGCAGGGCGCCCACCGUCCUCUCGCUGCUCUUGUCGCUGCUCUCGGUGGGCGCCUGCUUCUUGCUCAGCGCCAGGACCGCCAAGCUGCAGGGCCGGCUCGUGGCCCUCGAGGGAGAACUGGCCGGCGGCCGCCCCUGGAGCCCUGGAGACCCGCUCGCCGCCGAACCGUUGCUGGCUCUGCUGCAGCCUCAGGUGGACAAAGUCUUGCAGGAGAAACUGGGUGAAGGAUUAGCUAAACUACGAACAGCACGAGAGGCUCCAUCUGAAUGCAGGUGCCCACCAGGUCCACCCGGAAGGCGAGGAAAGGCUGGGCGACGAGGAGAACCAGGUCCUCCAGGGCAGUCAGGACGAGAUGGUUACCCGGGCCCUCUUGGUUUGGAUGGCAAGCCAGGGCCUCCAGGACCAAAAGGGGAUAAGGGUGAUCAAGGAAACAUUGGCCCAAGGGGGGAUCAAGGUAAAGAUGGCGCUGCUGGCCCACCAGGUCCUCCUGGACAGCCAGGUGCAAGAGGGCCCCCUGGAGACACAGGAAAAGAUGGCCCAAGGGGACCCCAAGGCCUCCCCGGUGAGAAAGGAGAAUCUGGAGAAGCAGGUAUCAAGGGUCAUGCUGGAAUCCCAGGGGAACCAGGGAUUCAAGGGCUAAAGGGAGAACAAGGAAAUGUUGGGCCUAAGGGAGAAAAAGGUACAGAUGGACUUCCAGGGCCACGGGGAGAACAAGGAAGUAUUGGUCCCAAGGGAGAGAAAGGCAUAGAUGGGCUUCUAGGACCUCAAGGAAAACAAGGAAGUGUUGGCCCAAAGGGGGAGAAAGGUGUAGAUGGGCUUCCAGGCCUACAGGGAGAACAAGGAACUGUUGGGCCAAAGGGAGAGAAAGGCAUAGAUGGGCAUCCAGGGCCACAGGGUGAACAUGGAAGCAUUGGCCCAAAGGGGGAAAGAGGCAUAGAUGGGCUUCCAGGGCCACAGGGUGAACCUGGUGAAAUGGGAGCAGAUGGACACAUUGGGCCAAGAGGCCCUCCAGGCCUGAAAGGUGAACAGGGUGAUACUGUAGUAAUUGAUUAUGAUGGUAGAAUCUUGGAAGCUCUCAAGGGUACAGGGAAACUCAGAUUGACGGGGCCACCAGGUCCUCAAGGGCCACCAGGCCCUCAAGGUUCCCCAGGACCGAAGGGAGAGCUUGGGUUACCUGGUCCACCUGGGGUUGAUGGUGAGAAGGGUCAUAAAGGAUCAAAAGGAGACCAAGGAAGCUCUGGGCCAAUGGGGCAUAAAGGACACAUAGGAGAAGCUGGCAUGACUGGUCUACCAGGUCCUAAAGGAAUGAAAGGAGACCAAGGAAGCCCUGGAUUAAUGGGGUCGAAAGGAGAGAUAGGAGAAAUGGGCUUGUCUGGUCCACCGGGGAUUGAUGGACCGAAAGGAGAACGUGGUGCACCUUGCGAACCAGAUCUUGUGCAGGUCAUAGCUGAACCAGGACCUCCAGGUUUACCAGGAUCUCCAGGCUUACCAGGUCUAUCGGGCCCUGCAGGUCCUAAAGGAAUACAAGGACAUAAGGGUGCAGAUGGAGCAAAAGGUACAAAAGGUGAAAGUGGCCAUAGAGGUGAAAAAGGUGCCCCUGGGCCACAGGGUCCUGCUGGUAUCCAUGGGCUUAUUGGUUUACCAGGCACCAAAGGGGAGAAGGGGAAACCAGGGGAACCAGGAUUAGAUGGCUUCCCAGGUUUAAGAGGAGAAAAAGGAGAAAAAAGUGAAAGAGGAGAAAAGGGUGAAAGAGGACUGCCAGGCAGAAAAGGAGCAAAGGGGCAAAAAGGAGAACCGGGCCCACCUGGAUUGGAUCAGCCUUGUCCAGUGUUCAUUUUUAAAGGAGAACCAGGUUUACCAGAACUGGAUGGUGUGAAUAUGCUCUACCCUUUGGGACCAGAUGGAUUACCAGUACCAGGAUGUUGGCACAAGUGAUCCCACAAGCAUGAACUCUGUAAAUAAUAGUGUGAUAUAUUUUGACCUUUUCUAAUUUUUAUAUGAAAAAAGAGGAGAAAAACCACAAAAACAAUAAGUCUACAACAGUAAUAUAUUGAUCUUUUUUAUAUUGAAUGCUAUCACAUAUGGAUUUUUACGAUAUAAACAUUUCCAGGACCCACAGGACAUGCACACACACCGUCUGGAGUUUUAUAACUGGACAUGCUGAAGUAGUUGGGAAUUAAUUUUGUUCGCUGCUAAUGCUACUGUGUGGACUAACAGCACUGAGAUAAUUUGCCUAGUGUGCCUUGUUGCAUGAAGGGACUUUUCUAAACUUUGGCUUUCAACGAUGCGAUUCUGUUGCACAUAGACGCAGACGCAAAAGGGGGAGAAAACAAAAAAGAAAAAAAAGACACAGCCUUAGAAAGGAGACAAACUGUGGCCCCUGGAUGGAUGCAGGAGGACCUUCCAACCUGCAAAGAUCACACAAGUAUAACCACACUUGCUGCUAGAUGCCUCCAACCUGACACAAUAUGAUUGACUCAGCUGUCUGUGGAUGUUUCUCCCAUGAAGAAACUUUAUCUCUGGGAGGGGGAAACCCUCAGUCAAGUUUUACAGUUUGAGACUAAAGGUUGAAAGAUUUUCUUGCAGAACUCUCACAGAGGUAGAAAAUUUGGAGUGCCUCACUUGCCAGACUGCUUUUUCUAGCAAAGGAAACUGUAUAAUAUUCAUCUCCAUUUACAGAUUAGGGCAUAACACAGAUUCUGCUUAAACCUCAUCAAGCUCUGAAUUGACAGCUCCUGUUUGCAAACCCGGAAAGGGUUCCUGUAUGCAGUGCAGUACUUCAUUCCCUGGAUGGGUUGGGCUUGUUACAUCAGCGUUGAGCAACUGGAUCCCCAUGUUUACUUUGCUUCCCUAUUGCCAUAGUAACAGCCAAAUUCAUACCUCAGAUAAUUUUAACAACAGUAUUAUAAUUUGUUUGGUAAGCAUGUUUCAAGUAGAAUUACCUAUGGUAAAAUUAGCAGUUUACUGAAUAGCACUGGUGAUUCAAUUGGUCAUGGAAAUUGCUCUUUCACCUUCAGUUCUUCAAAGCAAAGGUGCAAUUUUGUUUUGCCAAUACCCCCAUUGUGGUUCCUUCAACAAAAUAUGACAUGCACCCAUCUUUAGACAUCUGUGUAUAUACAUGUAGUCCAGUUCAAAUGUGAUUGGUGCCAUGGCUCAUGAUUAUAUGUGAACAAGGGAGGAUAGUUACACUGAUACAUGGUCCUGAAUAUGGGUCAUAACUGGCCUUGCUGUCCUUGAGUUCCAUCUUGCUCAUUCCAAGAACUUAAGCACAUUCAUAACAAUACUUUGUUUAGCAGCAUCAUUUUGAAUGAGAUGGCGGUUUCAUUUCACAUGGAAUUGCCCAGUUUUCAUCAAUGACAACAGAACCUAUUUAGUAUUGUAUACUCCAGGAACAAAUCAGCUUCCCUAUCUGUAGCAUACCCCCCCAUAUAGUAAGUUGGACUCCUCAUUGAUUUCUCUUCUUAACAGACAUAAAAAAAUUUCAAGCUGUGGCAUCAAACUCGGGUAUUCGUGUAUUCUGCUUUAUUAAAUGCAGAAGAGCCAUAAUCUUAACAGGUGUUCUGUUGGCAAAGCCAUGUUGACCAGUAACUUCCUUGAGUUCCUAAGAAGGAGAUACGAGGAUAAUGUUUAAGUGAUAUAUGGUAAUGUAUAUGAAUGAGUUUUGGGAUGACUUAGGAGAGUUUGGCAUCCAGCAGUCAUAUAUGUCUAUGACAUUUUUAUUCUGCCUCUGAACAGGGCAGUGUUCAUGGUUCUCUCCGUUUCAUCCACACAGCAGUCCUGUGAAGUAAGAGUGACUGUCCCACAUUAAUAAAUCAGAUUCAGGGCUGCAUAGAAAUUCAGUUUAGAUCUCCCCAGUUCAGUCUAACCCCUAUACCACACCAGCUGCUAUGACAGGAGCUGCUACAGAACAUACUGAGAACAUCUUACUUUAUUGGAAGAGUUGCUAACAUCUAGCUUCAAAGUGAACUGGUGCUUUUAAUAGCUGCAGGAUAAGAAAAAGUUCAGCAGGCGGUGCAUAUUGUAUCUCUGCAACAGAAGUAGCUGUAUGUCAUCUGAAUCCUUCUCUGUCCCACAACUGUUAAAAGCUCUCUUUGAGUUAGAAACCAGCAACCAUAAUCCAUUCAGGAGCUGCAAAACUGACUGGGCAAAGCUGACUAACAGGCUUAUGUUGCAGUAUCAAUAGGGCAUUUGUACCCUGUGGCCUCUGAACCCAGAUCUUUUAGCAAUUUUAUCAUGAAUAUGCACAUUUACAGGAACCAAUAGGUACAUCAAGAUUUGGAAAAAAAACUCUAAGCAAAUACCCCUGUGUAUUUCCCUCAACCCCUCCCCCAUGGUUGGAAAGGCUAAGAAUUGGUUUCAUUCCCCCAGCCAUAGUUUCUGCAACACCUCCUUUUCCACAGAGGUGGAUUGAAGCAUAUUCCAAAAUGCUGGUUUGCAUUACUGGCCAGUGCUAAUUUCUGUGGGGAUGACAUGGUGCUUUCAUUUGAGUGUAGGCCACAAAGGGUUCUGAAUUGCUGUCCUGUGACUCUUUAUCGAUAACAUAUACUAUUUGUAUUAUUUGUGGUUGUUAAAGCCUUCUAAACAAACUGCUAUCAAUGCUUUAAUCAGUGUACAAGUCUUCAUGGCUGAAGAUGCAUACUACACAAUUUUUUUGAGAUUAUGAAGUUAGCAUUGCUUCAUCUGUCAACAAUUUGAGUUAUGGGAUAGCUUUAUUUUAUGACUUUUGAGAUGUAUGUGAUACUAUUUUGCUUUAUGAUAUUAAACUGUUGUAUAAAGGAA